AUGCUUUCCGGUAAGAUCCCCAAAUCCUUCGGACAUUUGAACUGUGAGGAGCUCUAUCUGUCAUCUAACAAACUCACUGGGGACGCAUCAAUCUUGUUGAGGGAGAAUGCGACGAUGACGUCGAUGAUUUUGUCGUGGAACCGACUCGACUAUGAUCUAUCCAAGAUCAAAUUUGCCAAGAACCUGGCGUUUCUGGAUUUGUCACAUAACAGGAUUCGACGAAGCAUUCCGAAACAGAUAACCGAACUGGAUAAUCUGCAAUUGGGUUAUAAUCUGCUGUGUGGAAUGAUUCCGUUCGGAGGGAAGGUGCAGCAGCUCGGUGCUCGAUCGUUUGUCCAUAAUUUGUGUUUACGUGGUGCACCUCUCCCUGACUGCAACUGA